CGCAAUUGUACCACAGAAGGAGCCGAGGACUAAGGAAGUGGGUGAAAAUUGUAUUACAUCACUUUUGAUUUUGUAAUGUCGAUUUAUUUAUUUUACUUUUCAAGAAGAAAAUAGUUUUACGUUGAAUGCGUUGCAAACGCAAGUUAUUAACUCGCUGAUCUUGUGCUGAUCCUCGCGGACGAAGCUUCACAGUAGUUUCGAAACAUGGCCGAUUUGCUGACAGUGUACGACGAUGACCAGGCCAACAGCUUCAUCGACUGCACGAUCUGCGAUAAAAGAAUACGGGGAGAAACGCAUUACAAAAUCCACGUGACCACAUUACAACAUUUAAAGAAAGAGGACACCCUGGCUUCACAAGGAGAGAUUCUGAGAACACCUCCACUGCCAGAAUGGACCGACAUAAUAGAAUAUUUGGAUUACCUGAAUCUUGAUGAGCCCAUUAUUGGUCUCAACUCCCUGAUACAGAUUCCAGAUCAUGUCACUGACGAUGGCAAAACAGUGUUGAAGUACAAGUGCAGAAUGUGUGUCGUGGAGAUGGACCUUUACAGCAUGGUGGCCCAUAUUGUAGGACGUAAACACAGACAAAAAUACUUGGAGCUGAAAAGACCAGACUUGGUGACAUGGCAAGACAACAAUCAGAAACAGCCAGGUCUUGUGGCCAGAGCUAAAGCUGCUGUAGUUGAAAAGCAGGAGGGAUGGGGAAAGCCAGUGGCACUCAAACGACCUCAAGAGAAAUUCAGAAAUGUCUUCCAAGGAGGAAGCGAUUUACGUGCCAGUGUUCAUGAACAACCCUACUAUGGACAAGAGCCUCUUAGGAAGCCACCUUUCCCUGAACAGGUUCAAAAUCAGAUGUAUUUGGAUGAAGAACAGCAUGGAAGUUCCUAUUAUACAGGAGAUAAUUAUGACCAGUGCAGCAGACCUAAAAAUCCAACCCACGAUGUCCACCAACAAUUCUAUCCAGAAGAAAACCAACAUCAAAAACAUUACGAAAAUGCUGACGUUCGAGGAAGACACUCACGAGGUGAUGGUUAUUCGGAAAGAGAAGUGCAUACUAGGCCCUAUGCAGAACAGGGUGGACGGAGACUGCAAGAAUACUAUAAAGAAGAAAGUCUUGGCGGAGGACAGUUCUCAGGAGGUAAAAUAAACCGAUUUAAUGACAAAGACCUCAGAAUCCGCCCAGGAGCAUCAGAAUAUCAGAAAGACCAAGUGGAAGGUAGGCGAUAUGCAGGUUAUGAAGAGAGAAAUCCUGCCAUGAAUCCUCCCAUGUCAAUGCAAGGAAGGAGCUUUAAUGAGGAGAAAAGGGGGACUGUCAGAGAAAUGCACAGUAGGCCUUGGGACAAAGCUAAUGAGGUACAAGGUUACCUACCUAUGCUUCAACCCAGAGAUUCAAGAGCAUAUUCACACGAAGCGGUUCCAGCUAAAAAGAAGAAGAAGAGCAGAUUCUCUGAUGCCACCGCAGAGGAAAUAGCACACGCACAUAUGAGACAUUCGGAUAAAUCCACCCUAAAAGAAAAACCAAGAGGACAACAGUUUAGAGCAAAUCCUCCGCCAUUAAAUAUCCAAUACAUGGGUUCUGGAAGUACAACCCAUCUUAAUCCAAAACAUGAAAAUGUUCUGGAUAUACUUAGUGACAUCAAGAUCGAUAAUAUGGACGAAGCCAGAUUUCUUAAAGAAAAGCUGUGCACAGUUUUGAAAGAGUUUCAAGAAAACAAAUCCAGAAGUAUUGAGGGCCAUGCUUCACAAUCUGUUGGUGAUCAUAGAGGGGUAAAGCAGACAAGGGAUGAUCCAAAUGGCAUGCAUUUAGGAAAGAGAGGUUUCCCAGAAGCCAGACGAUAUGACGACGGUCCCAGAAGUUUCCAAGAAUCCAGACAAUAUGGAGAUGACCCUAGAAUGUUUCGAGAGGUCCAACAAAUUGGGGAUGACCCCAGAGGUCUUAGAGAGACCAGACAUUAUGAAGGUGAUUACAAAGAGUCAAAACGAUUUGAGGGUUAUCCCAGUGGUCUUCAAGAAGAAAGGCCAUAUGCCAAUGAUCAUCCAGAGAGGAGACGUUAUGAUGAAGAUCCUAGACAAAAGGAACAACAUUUUGAAGAAUAUUCUCGAGCUUCAAGAGCAGAAGCUCCGAGAAAUACCCAAGAGACAAGAUAUUAUGAAGAUGAUUACAGAGGCUUUGGAAAUUUGGAUCCUCAAAGAAACUGGGAGAAUCAGAAGGGACGUUCAUUAGAGCGUUUUGAGAACAGAGGCCCAGCAGAUGUUGAGAGGGGUUUUCAAGCCUCUUUACAAGAAGAAGCAAGGAUGUAUGCCGGGAGAGCACAGCAGAGGUCUCAUCAGAGUGACUGUCACCCUGGAGAUGAACCCUACGACCCGUUCAACCCGUCAUCCUCUCCCCCUCCAGAAGCGUCCAGCUCCACCAGUCUUGACAAGAUCGCAUCAACUCUUCUUGAGCUUGUGGCUCGUAGAUAAAGUUAGGCUCCUCAGUCAGAUUGUUCGUCGUAUAAGAUAGUUAUAGUUUAACAGUAGUCUACAGAGUUUGAUCUUUAUGUAAAUUCAUACAAAAUUUUCCAGUAAAUAACAUACUGUUUUCAUCUAUACAUACUGCUUAUCCUCUGCAGGGUCACCGAGGGCUGGAGCUUUUCCCAGCAUCUCAAGGCUCCCACACACACACACACACACACACACACACACACACACACACACUCCUCAUUCAUACUGCUUGCAAUUACUACCUAAUUUCUUACUGCUUUUGGUUUGUUGAGAUUUGUAGCCUGCUUGCUACUGUGUUUUCAGAUUGGUUUGUGUACUAUGAAACUGUAAUGGGUUUUGUUUGAAUUGUUUAAUAAGAAAGAUUAUUGAAAAAUAAUAAAAAGUUCAACCCAA